AUGUCUACAUUCGAUUUUAUUAUUGUCGGAAGUGGUCCAGCUGGUAGUGCACUCGCCGCUCAGCUUGCCAACUCGAAUGGAAAACCUCAAGUCCUCCUCCUGGAAGCAGGUGAAAAUAAACAAGAUAAGAGUCUUCGUGUGGAUGGGCAGCGAUGGAUCACUUUCCAGAAUCAAUCCAUGAACUGGGGCUUUAAGACUACUCCACAGGAAGACUGCAAUCACCGCGAGAUUGACUAUAGCCGCGGCCGUUGUAUGGGUGGAUCAAGCGCCAUCAACUUUGGCGUUUACAGUGUCGGCGCACGCGAUGACUAUCAGGAAUGGGCGCGCAUUGUUGACGAUGAGGACUUUGGGUGGCAAAAUAUCCAGAGGAGAUUGAAGGAUCUCGAAACCUUUCACGGAGAGAUCCCGAAAGGGCAUGGACAAGAAAUACGCCAACCCAAAGGAAGCUGGGUUCCCCUGAACCCCGACCAUAACUCUGGUAACCCCAUUGGAAUGUCGGUGCUGAUCAACUCGGCUCAUCAAGGUUUGCGAUCGACAGCAGAGGAUCUUGUCGCUGGCGACAAGAAUAAUUUGACGAUUGCAACCGAUGCCCCAGUGCAGCGUGUGAUUUUGGAAGGGAAAAAGGCCGUGGGCGUCGAGGCGAACGGCCAGAAAUAUUAUGCUUCAAAAGAGGUCAUCCUUUCCGCGGGAUCGCUCAACGACCCUCGCAUCUUGAUGCAUUCGGGAAUCGGCCCGGCUGCUCAAUUACAACAACAUAAUAUCGACAUUGUUCAAGACACGCCUGCUGUGGGACAAGGACUGCGCGAUCAUUGCUUCGUGCCAAUGGUCAACACUCGCACUGAUACCAGUACGGACCGGAAGGCUUUUUAUGGCUCCCAAUCUGCCAUGAAUGCUGCCAAAAAAGAAUGGGAAGAGAGCGGAACUGGUCCGUGGGCAAAGUUCGCCUGUGAAUUGGGUAUUGGCUGGUUCAAGCUUACCGAGCAGCUCAUUUCUACGCCAGAGUUCCGAGCACUCCCAGCGGAUGAGCAAAAACACCUCCUUCAAGAGACCGUGCCGCACUACGAAAUCAUUACCCAUUUCCCUAUUCAUUGGUUCAUUCCAGACUUCCCGACCGAGGCCUUAAAUUAUUCUUGCCUGCUUGUCUUCUUGUUCAAUGCGCAGACUCGUGGAGAAGUCACUUUACAGUCGUCAGACCCCGAUGCUCCGCUCCUUUUCAACCCGAAAUUCCUCGCCCACCCGUUCGAUCGUCGGCUUGCGAUUGAAGCUUUGCGAGACUCUUUCCGCGUUGCCAAGCACGAAUCCUACACGAAGGACAAUGUCGCUGAGCUCGCCAUGCCUAAGGGAGAGUCGGAUGAAGAUUUACUCGAAUACUGGCGACAGAAUAUUUCUUCAAGCUGGCAUAUGACAGGAACCGUUAAAAUGGGCAAGAAUGGCGAUACCGAUGCCGUUGUUGAUCCGGACUUCAAGGUUAUUGGUAUUGACAACCUGCGGAUAGCUGAUAUGGGUGUUGUGCCAGUAUUGGUCAACGCCCAUGUCCAAGCAGUAGCAUAUGUUACCGGCGCAACAUGCGCUGAGAAGUUGAUCAAGGAGUAUGGUCUGACCUAG